CGAGCAAUUCCUCCGUGCAUCCUUCUCCUUUCCCUCGCUGGUAUUACCGGCGAGUAAAAAAAGACAAGAAGCUGAGGUGACAAACAGACGUACUCGCGUGUACGACAUGUCGGAGCAUCACCGCGUAGCAGCCGGUGGCUGGGGCACGGCGAGCCCGGCGAACCGAGAGGAUGCCAGCGGCGGUGCCGCCUGGUGGCCCUCCAGUCUCAACACCGUCCCGACCGAUCAACAACAGCAACAACAGCAGCAGCAACAACAAAAUCUACAUCAACACCUGAUGAACCAACAGCAGCAGCAGCAGCAACUCGCCCAGCAGCAACAGCAGCCGCAGCACCAUCCGGACAUCGUCCGAAGUACCGCCGCCGCCGCCGCCAGCCAGCAGCUCUUCUCCUACAAAAUGGCCUCCAGCUUCCAGAACCCGGCCACCACCGGCACGCAGUCGUCGAGUCCGGUGUCGACGUCCACGCCGGUGUCCGCGCAAUGCAUGAGGGGCAGUUACGAUUACAGGCUCGGCACCGGUCCUGGACAAGGCGGCGGCGGUGGCGGCGGUGGCGGCGGCGGCGGUGGUGGAGGCGGCGGUGGAGGCGGCGGUGGCGGCGGUGGCGGUGCUGCCGGCGGUGGCGUGCCUGCCGGCACACCUUCCGCACCGCCGCCCGGCGUGCAGUGGUGGUAUUCAGGUGGAGUUAUGGACGCCGCCGGACAGAACAACCUGCACCAGCAGUUGCAGGGUCAGCAACAGCAGCAACAACAGCAGCAGCAGCAGCAACACCUCUCACCUAUUACCACGCAAACGUCCACGCCCCCCGUAAUGUCCCCGAUCUCACAUCCGAACGUAGGUCAGCUAGAUUUCCGAUUAUUUCUGCAGCACCAAAUACAGCAGCUACCGCAAAAUAAUCUUCAACAAAAUAACGCUCAGAGUCUGCAGCGGGACAAUAUGCCGAGAGGAAAAGAUUCGAAGCCAAGGGGACGGAUGACAGCGUACGCGUUCUUCGUCCAGACGUGUCGUCAGGAGCAUAAAAAGAAGCAUCCCGAGGAGAAGAUCGUCUUCCGGGAAUUCUCCAAAAAGUGUGCAAUGAGAUGGAAGACCAUGUCGGACAAAGAGAAGAAGCGUUUCCACGAAAUGGCAGAGAAAGAUAAGAAGAGAUACGACGCGGAGAUGCAAAACUACACGCCGCCUAAGGGAGAAAAUAAAGGCAGGGGCAAGAAACGCAAACACAUCAAGGAUCACAAUGCUCCCAAGAGAUCGCUGUCCGCCUUCUUCUGGUUCUGCAAUGAUGAACGUGGCAAGGUGAAGAUGCUGAAUCCUGAGUACGGCGUAGGCGAUAUAGCUAAAGAAUUAGGCAAGAAAUGGUCAGAUGCAGAUCCCGAAACCAAAUCUAAAUACGAGGCUAUGGCGGAGAAGGACAAGGCUCGAUAUGAGAGGGAGAUGACAGCGUACAAAAAGAAAAUGCAGGACGGCGCCCCGGUGGUGGGCGGCGCGCCGGCAAACACUGUAAAAAGCGACAGCGAAGAGGAAUGGAAGGAAGACGACGAAUAGCGGAUGCACGUCGAAAUUUCAUCUAUCACCCCGUGUCCUUCAUCCUGAAAGCAUACCUCACCUACUGUACGUACCAUUGACCUUAGCGUGAGCGUACUUACACCACUAGGAGAACAAAGUAACUAACCACCAAUUCAACCUUACCUACCUUAUCAACCUACCACAAUCUACCCACCAACCAACCAACCAUCCACCCAACCACCCCGCCACCCAACCAAUCAACCAACCAAACCUCCCUUCUCCUGAUUAUUUACGAUAAUAAUAAAAAAAAGGUACCCCGCGCGAUUUACGAUAAUUAUUUUAAAAAAAAGAAAAAUAUUGUAUGUGUGAGAGUGCCACCGCGCGUGCGCGAGUUUGAGCGAGAGGCGAGAGGAUUGUGUGAGUGACAUUUGUACUUUAAAACAUUAUUGAUAGUAAAGAGAAAACGAUGUAAAGUGGCUAGUAGGAUAGAAGUCGGAAGAAGAAAGAAAGAAAGAAAAAGGAAAAAAAAGGAAUACGAGGAAAAGCCGCGGAGAAGACGAAGGAUUGCGCCCGCUCUUUCUUUCUGUUCCGGGAAAGGCGCAAAAGGGGCUCAAUCAUUGUUGACUUUUCGCUCUCUCUCUCCGACGCUAUGUUACUACGAGCUAAGGAUUAGUUUACCGCUUUUGACGAAACUUGACGAAGACGAUACGGUUAUUUCUCCCGAUAUUUUUUUUUAUCGAUGAAAUCAACCCGCUGAACUAUCUCGGGAGGAUAUUACAUUACGAUUUUUCGAUAAGUUUAUUCUUCCGUUCAAUAUUUUACAAGAAAUCCAGGUUUUACGAGUAUAUAUAGCAAAUGUGUAUCAGUAUAUAUUUUAUAUAUGUAUAUCAACACAUAAAAAAAUAUAUAAAAUGAUACAUCAACGAAUACAUAUUUGCAUCGGUGUCGCCCGCAAAUGUACUUGCGACAAUGCAGUUAUACGUACCAAUAUAAAGAUCUUCCGUGUGUUCUGUCAGGACAUCGAAAUGUUCUCAGUGAGAUUGUACUCGGAUCCUCGAUUGCAAAAUCAAGGGAUACAAAUUUUUGGGAAAUAAUAUGUUUUGAAUAAAAUCAGAUUUUUAAUUUUUUUAAUACACAUAUUUGAACAUGCAUCAAAUGUCACUCGCAAAUACAUUUGCGGUAGUGUGCACAGUACAUAUUAAUACAAAGAUCUCUCAUGUGCUAUCGGCACAUUGAAAUGUUAAAUUCUCGGCGAGAUUGUACUCAAAAUUGUACGGAAAUGUACCGGAUUCUCGAUAAAAAAAAAACAAGAGAAUGAAACCAAUGGGAAAUAAUAUAUUUUGAAUAAUAUAUCAGGUUUGACUUUUAAUCAAUUCGUUGCGAAGCGUCGUCGUCUUCGUCGUGACAUACACACACACACACACACACACACACACACACACACACACACACACAACACACACACACACACAUAUAUAUAUACAGAUUAUUAUUGUAUAUCCUUGUACAGAGAGCUUUGUCUUUCCUUUCAUACUUUUUAGCAAAUCUGAUCGUUGAGCGCGCGUGCCGGGGGCAUGGGGCUGCUUUUUACGUAUGUAAUGAUGUGCGAAUGUAAUUUGAUUCUCGGGUACACGCACGUCGUAGUAAUAAUACUGUAAGUACAUUUAGUAUAAUUAUUAUAAGUGUACGUGUAUCUUCGACGCGAACUUUUGGAUUUUUCCUUCAAUUCUCUUAACACUUUCUCUUCAGCGUGCGACUUUUGUUUUCUUUUUUUUUUUCUGAUCACUAAUUGCGUUGUUACGAGCUGUACGAGCCACGUGAUUGAGCCUUAUUAUUGAUAGCUGAUAAGCGAUCGCUCGAAUCGAAUCGAGAGAACUGUGUGCGAGAGAGAAUGAGAACGAGAGAGAGAGGGAGAGAAAGAGCGCGAGAGAGUGAGAGGGUGAGAGCGAGAAUGUGUGUGUAUGUAGCUCGCAGCUUUUACUAAAUCAAAAUUAGCAAAGCCAUGGAGCAGAGCGAUAUCGCCGAGUUCUUAACACUGACGAAGUGACAACUGUUGUACUCACGAAAUUGAGAGAGAGAGAGAGAGAGAGAGAGAGAGAGAGAUUUCAUUCUUUCACGAGAUAGACUCGCAUACCAGGCACAAGGUUACCGUGUCGAAUUAUAUAACGUCAGAAAGCGACUGAACGCACGCGAAUUAAUCCUGCGGUGUACGUCGAAAUAAAUUAAUUUUUUUUUCCUUUUUCUUUUCUUUUUCUUUUCUUUGAAAAAGAAAUUUUGCAGAAUAGUUUUUAGUAAUAAUUGUGUAUCCGCGAGAUUCUCCGUGCGAGACAAGUGGAAUCGAGUAUAUUCUGACAUACUGUAUUGUUAAAUUAUUUACAUAUUACAUGUAUUAUACUGACUCUUAUUCUCUUA